AUGCGAGGAAUCGACGCCAACACCGGCAAAUCCCUGGAUGGGCUGGCCCAUCUGCACCAGUCCGUGCGUGACAUUCUCACCACGCCCCUUGGCUCCCGUGUACUGCGCCGCGAGUACGGCUCACGCGUGUUCGAACUGAUCGAUGCGCCCACCAAUCGCUCGCUGCGCAUGGACCUGAUUGCCGCCACCGUCGACGCCCUGGCGCGAUGGGAACCGCGGCUCCACGUCGAGAACGUCGACGUCUCCCUCCCCGCCCCCGGCGUGAUGAUCCUGGCAGUGACCGGGAUCCACCUGCCGGACGGCGAGGCCAUCACCAUCGAAGGAAUCGAGCUGCCUGCACCGGCGGUCAUCGAAGUGCUCGAUUUCGAAGCCAUGUUCGAUGAAUCGCUGACCGCGCUGCAGGCCCUGGAUCCCACCUUCGACGCGCUGCUGCCGUCGGACCCUGCUUUCAAGAUCCUGGAGGUCUGCACCUACCUGCGCCUGCUCGACCGCCAGCGCGUCAACGACGCCGCGCGUGGCGUGAUGCUGGCCUACGCGGUCGGCAGUGACCUGGACCAUCUCGCUGCGAUCUUCGGCAUCGCCCGCCAGGUGCUGGACCCGGGCAAGCCGCAUGAGGGCAUUCCACCGCGCUACGAAGGUGAUGAGGAUUUCCGUCGCCGCAUCCAGCUGGGCCCGGAAGGCUUCAGCGUGGCCGGGCCGGAGGGCGCCUACAUCUUCCACGCCCUUAGCGCCGACGCCCGCGUGCUCGACGCCAGCGCGACCAGCUCCUCACCCGGUGUGGUGGUGGUUUCGGUGCUGUCGCGCGAAGCCAAUGGUGCCGCUUCCCAGGGCCUGCUUGAUGCAGUGGAAGCAAAGCUCAGCGCGGCCGACGUGCGCCCGCUGACCGACCACGUGCUGGUGCGGUCGGCGGAGAUCGUCAACUACGCGAUCAACGCCACGCUCUACACCUUCGCCGGCCCGGACUCGCAGGUGGUACUGGGCGAGGCCCGCACGCGCCUGGACCGCUACAUCGCCGAGUCGCAUCGCCUGGGCCGCGACGUGACCCGCUCGGGCCUGUUCGCCGCGUUGCAUGCCGAGGGUGUGCAGCGCGUGGAGAUCGCCAGCCCAUUGGCUGAUGUAGUGGUAGACCGCACCCAGGCCACUCACUGCAGCACGUUCCGUCAUCCGGGUGGCGCCCUGGCUUCCCUGCAGUCGGUGUACCGCACCGACUGGCAGGGGCGCCUGAAGUUGUCGGACACGCCAAGACGCAACCUGCAGCGCUUAUCGGCAACCUUCAACGUGCCCCGCUGGACGGGCUACUACGUCAAGCCUGCCAAUCUGUCUGCCGGGUCAUUCGCGCCUGAUGGCAGCCCCAAUGCCUUCUCCUUCCCUGCCUCCGAUGCGAUCGGCGGGCCAGGGCAGCGCUUCACCGGCCUGGUGGACGAAGAUGGAAGCGCGUUUCCCGAUGGCGCCGUCCGCACCAUCAGCGUCUGGCUGCGCGCAACCGAGCCGUGCGUCAUCGGCUUCGGCAUGCGCACGACCGGCCCAGGCAGGACCCAGCUGCAGGUGGGUACCGAGUGGAGGCGUUACAGCUACACCUACACCGCCACUGCGGAUGACCCACCACGCGGCAUGAGCAUCGUGCUGGAUCGGCUGGCAGCCGGGAACUCUGGCCUGAAGCCGGACAGCCGCAUCCACGUAUGGGGCACACAGGCCGAAGCAGGCCCUGUGGCGACGAGCUACAUCCAUGCCGUCGCGCAACCCAUGACAAGGAUCGACUACAGCAUGGCCGGCAACGUAGUCACCUUGAACUACCUGCCUCCCCCCGGCGCGAUCAUCGAUGGCGAUGCGCUGGUCAGCGUACCUGCUGCCGCACAUCUGUUGCCCCCCAACUCCACCCGUAGCGAGCAGGCCCUGGCGCGCGCAGCGGUCACACGCCCGCUGCCGGUGGACAUCACCGCACUGUGGGAUGCCGACCGCUGCCCGGCCGCGCUGUUGCCCUGGCUGGCCUGGGCACUGUCAGUCGACGAAUGGAAGGCCUACUGGCCCGACAAGGUGAAGCGUGCACGCGUGCGCGCGGCAAUCGCGAUCCAGCGCCGCAAGGGCACGUGGGGCAGCGUGCGCGACGUUGUCGCCGCGUUCGGUGGCUCGAUCCUGAUCCGCGAAUGGUGGGAGAUGCAGCCGCAAGGCGCACCUCACACCUUCGAAGCGGUGAUGACCAUCGCCAACCAGGGCGGCGAGACCGCAACCGCCAAGUUCGUCGACGACGUGAUCGGCGAGAUCACCCGCACCAAGCCGGUGCGAUCGCAUUUCACGUUCACCCAGGGCAUGCAGGCCAGCGCCGAGAUCGGUGCGCUUGCAGGAGCCCGUGGCACCACCUUCCGCCGCAUCCAACUGAUCGGAGAGUAA